AUGGCGGAAACCGAUUUAGAUUCACAAUAUAACAUUAGAUUUUAUUCCACGGACCCAAAGUAAGUUGAUUUAUAUAUUGCCUUAGGUUAUUUUAGUUUUUUUAAUGGUUUUUUGGAUUGUUUUUUGGCUUAAGAAGAUUAAAAAUAGGUGUUUUUGUUUAGCAUUGUCUUAUAAUCAACUACUUUCACUUUAGAUCACCAAAAAUCCCGUCAAUUGAACUCGCAGUCCCAGUAAACUUGGAUCCAGAAGGUUUAAAUGAAGUUUUGGCUGUUCAGCUUGAUGAUGAAGGUAUGUUUGUUUUAUUAGAUAGCUUAUGUUUUUAGGUAUGUCUUUAGAUACGUUGAAGCAUAGUAAGAGUUUAAAUAUAAAUAAACUCAUUUCAGAAGAGUUCAAGGAUAAAUUCAGCUUUUUGAUCAAUGAAAAGUUGUUGUCGACGAGUUUGUUUGAGUUUGUGACAUCAAACGAGUUAAAUGAUGAAGGCGUUAUUGAAAUUGAAUGUUUCUUAAGUGAAUCCGCGCCGAAACCUGACAAAUCUAUUGAAGAUAACGAUUGGGUGUCCGAUGUUAAGGUCACCGAUAAAUGGCAAGUUAUUUAUUGUUUUGGGUGAAAGAAAAUUUAAGUAUAAAUUAUAGUUUUUUUAUUUUAUAAAUCAAAGUAUAAGUAAACAUGGUUGGUAGUGAACAAAGAAAUGAGAAAACUAAUCUUACCUUUGCUUUCAGGAUAAUAUCAGCCAAUUACUGUGGAGAUUUAUCUAUAUUUUCUCACAAAGGCAAUAAACUUCACACCACUACGUUAGCCAAUGAUUCUCUAAGAUGCGUGGAGCAUUUUAAACACAAAGGAAAUGAUUAUGUGAUAACAGGAGGCACGGAUCAAACUCUGACAUUGUACAAGGUUACCUCUAAAGACAUGACCGCUGAAGUCGCUUUCAGAGGGCACGAACGAAGUGUAGAAACAGUGGCAGUAAACAGAGAUGGCAAGAUUGUUAGUGGAGGCUUUGAUAAAUGUUUGAAGAUCUGGGGUGUAGAAGCUUCUGAAACAGAUUUUGUGAAAAGUGGUGAAGACGGAUCAAAAGCGAAGAAAAAGAAGGCAUCCGUGGUUACUAGAGUACCUAUUAGUACUAUAGAAGCUCACAAAGACACAGUAACGUCUGUCGUAUGGAAUACUACGAAUGAGAAUCAAGUUGUUUCUGGAUCGUGGGAUCAAUCUAUUUGUUUAUGGGAUGUGGAAACAGCUGAUCAAGUCAAUAAACUGACUUCUAACAAGGCAUUCCAAUCGAUUUCUGUUCAAGAAUCUAAUGGACUUGUUAUUACGGCUUCUAUGGAUUCUACGAUAAGGCUGUGGGACUUCAGAAGUCAAGGUAAGAAAUCUUUUGCUUUUUGUUUUUUUAGGAAAAAAUAGAGUUUUACUUACAAAGCCUGACUUGUUUAAGUUUUUUAUAUGAUAAGUGGAUUAUUGUCAAAAUGAAGUUUUUGACAAAUAUUUCAGUGAUAGUGUUAGUUUAAAAAGGAUUGUCUUAUUUUAAUUAUUUUAGAGGGAGGCAUGGUGAAGAAGCUCUUUAAAGGACAUUUCUCCGUUGUUUCUGAUGUGUGUUGGAGUCCAGCUGACCCAAAUCUAUUCGUAUCUUGUGGAUUUGACGAAACUGUCAAAAUGUGGGAUGUACGGUAGGUUACUGUACUCUGAAAAUAUUUUUUAGCCUUUAAAAUCGAAAAUUAAAAUUUUUCGGUUUUUCAUGACUUUUUGGAUCUAAUUUCAAAUAUUUAUCGGUCAAAAAUUGCAUAGAAUUACUUUUUUACAUUUUUCUGGACGCUUUUUGAUUUAAAUUAGACGAAAUGAUUUUUUUUCAGAAGCACAGACGCCUCAUUGUUUGACAUCUCUGGCCACAAAGGACACGUUCUGACAGUCGACUGGUCGUAUGACAGACUGAUUGCAAGUGGAGGAAAGGAUAACACUAUCAAGACUUACAAAAGGGAUUAA